UUUGAAGGAGAAUAGAUUUAUCAUUAAUAUGCCUGAGAUGAUUAUGGAAACAAAUGGAACUGUUCCAAAUGGUUGUGAGCCAAAGGAUCUUGUGGAUGAGUUUGAAGAAGCCUUUCAGAGGUGCCUAGCUUGUCUUGAGAGGGAUGGAGACAGGGAUGGGAUGAAUCCUGAAGAGAUUCGUCUCAAUGUGGAAGAGAACAUCAUGCGAUUCCUGGACAUUGGUCGACAGCUUGAGGCUCAGUUCCUUCACAAGCGACUGUUACUCUCAGUCAAUCAUCCUGAUCAAAUUCUCAAGGAGGACAUGGGGGAAGUGAAGGCUGAACUGUCACGUAAAGAAGCUCUCAUUCAAAAAUAUCAUGAGAAAAUAUCAAUCUGGCAAAACCUGCUCAUUCCACCAAGCCCACAGCAGCCGAAUAAUCCUGCCCAGGCAACACAAAUGACUCCACCCCAGCAUCCACUUCAGAGUCAUGGUAUGAUGCCUCAGGGUGCAGGGAUGGCAAGUUCUUCCCCCAUCAUGGGUGCUCCAAUGCGCUUGCUCAGCCCUGGUACUGCUGGUCCAUCCUCUCGUGUCCCCAUGUCAAUGAAUGUUCCUGGUCUCCAUGGACCCCUUGCCAACCUGGAAAGAACCACAUCCAACAUUGGAAGCCUUUGAUUGAAAGCUUGAAUGAAUGAGUGAAUAAAUGAAUGAAGACAUUUCUGCACUUGUAAAAUGAGUGGUUUGAAAACUAAG